AUGUGGGGCAGUGAGCAGAGACCCCAAAGGGCCUAUGCAGAGAGGGCCCAUGUCCAGAAUAGCCGAGGGUGUGGCUAUUACGAGGAACAGUGCCCUGUGACCAGGGUAUCUUCUUUCUCCACGGAGCCUGACCGUUCCUUUCCCUGUCCUUAUACUAAGAAUCUAACCCAGGUCUUCAUAUAUUUCAGGCCAGUGUGCGACCCUGAGCUAAACCCCACCCCAACCCAUCUAAUGGAAUGCACAAACUCUCCCACAGCCCAUGGAGCCAAGACCUGCCACCAGAUACAAGGAGAAUGUACCCCCAAAGACUAUGACCGCCCUGGGGCCAGCCGGAAACUGCUGUCCAGAAGCUUCAGAGCCUGGAGGCGCUUGUCCCAGAGGCACCAGGCAAGAGCUGAGGCCGUAGUAGCUCAGAACCACAGGUGGCUGAUUCAAAAGAGCCUCAGACUACUGCGCUGUGUCCUACGGCUCCGCGAGGCCCGGCUAGAGGCAGCUUGGGGACAGCAUGCAGAAGCCCUGCAGGCCUGGAACUUCCAAGAGGGGAGCCAUAUCACUUUGCAGCAGAAACAGGAGCAACCCCACAGCCAGGCUGCAUCACCAUUCCUUGCUUCUAAGGGAAGCCCUUCCUUGGGAAGAAAAGCAACCGUGGACCUUGCCUGUAAAUGCAGGUGCUUUAGGGCCUGGCAACGGCUCGCUCAAAGAGCGGCCCAGUACAGGAGACACCUGGCCCGCCAAAGAGUGAGGCUCCUGAGGAUAUGCCUGGGACAGUGGACGAAGAUGAGUCAGCUCCAGGCCUCAGAUGUGGCAAAGGUGGCUCAGCUGGCCUUCUACCAGCGGAAGACAGGGAAUAAGACCCUCAGCAUCUUAGUCCCAGGAACUGCCACCACCCAUUGCCUAGAGACAGUGGUCCAGGCCCAGCAGCUACCCAUGGAGCCAGGUCGGUGCUCCCUAUGGGAAGCCUGCCAAAUGUUGGCCCUGCACCGGGUCCUGCUGCUCUGGAGGACGCGACUCUACCAGCACCAGCAAGCCGUCUCCUUUUUGCAGGGCAUGCAGAAGCGGGUUCUGCAGUACUUCCUGAGGCAGUGGCGCUUGAGGGUCUGGGGUCUGGACCCUCCCUCAAGCAGCCUGGAGACCAUAUUAGCACCGGAGCCAUGGGACUACAGCCUGGGAGGGGAGGCCUGGCCCAGCUGCAGAACAUCAGAAGGGUCACUGGAGAAGGUGCGGGUCCAGCAGACUCAGGGCGCAGCAGUGAGGUGGUACAGGUGUACUCUCCAGAGGCGCUAUUUCCAGGCCUGGUGUGAACGCAUGAGGGAUGUAGAAGCGUCCCAGGGCCAGCAGCAAGGACAAGCCUUCCAGGACGACCUGAGAAGAGGCCUGGGGGCCACACUUGCUAGCUCACAGGAGGCCUGCAGAAUGGGGCCCCUGGCACAGGAUCGGUGCAUGGCCCAGGCCUCUGUCCUAGGCUGGAGAAGCUUUCCUCAGCAGCAUGGAACUGACAGAGAGCUGAGGAGGGCCCAGGCCCAGCAGCCUUUUGUGGUGUGGAGAGUCACCCUGGGACAGUGCUGUGAGGUCCUGCAACAGGGAGGAAGGAGAGUUCAAGUCCUGACCGCAGUCCAGGUGGCCAUGUGCUUGGUCCUGUGGGUGCACAAGUCCUACCUAGGCCACAUCCACCAAGCUCAGGCUGCACAGCAACUGACAACCAGGGUCCUAGAAGUCUGGAUGCAGCUAGCAGUCUGGGGUCACGCCCAGCACACUGAUGUCACCCACUGCUGGCAGAGGCUUCGGUGUCUUCUUAGGACAUACUGGGUUCAGUGGCGACCAACUCACUGGAGACAGACCCAGGCACAGGGCAUGAACUUCAGCAGAGGGCAUCUCCUGCACCUGAUGGACACCCCAAACUUUUUGAUACAGGAACAGACGCCGACAGUGUCGGCAGAUCCAGGCUUCGCAGCGGGCCAGGUGCCUGGCAAGGGCAUGGCAGCUCUGGGUAGAUGUUCACUGGGCGGAGCAGCUGUCUCGGACCCUGCUCAGACAGUGGCACCUGGACCAGGCCUGGAGGACAUGGCGGAAAAGGGUCCUUCAGCUGCAGGUGGCUCAGCGGCCUUUGGAAAGUGGUACCGGCGCCUGGUAGCCAAGAGCCUACGAGAAGAACCAGACAUAGCAGGUGUGGAGCAGAGCUGGGCCCAGCAGCAGCUGUGCUGUGAGCUACGCAGCCCGAGAAACAAACAGAACUGGGCCAGGCCCACAGCUGGAGGCUCAGCUCCCAGAGCUCUGGGGGCACAAUAA